AAACUAUAAAAUGAUGGAGGGACGAAGAACAUAAGAGAGGGAACAAAGGAAGGGAACAGAAAGCAGUGAUAGAUGAAAUGUUAUGCAAAAAGAGGAAAACAGAACAAAAAUUAGUGUGAAGGGAAGAAGAAAUAACAAUAGUUUGAGCCAAAACAGAAAAUAAAGAACAGGAACAAUGGUAAGCAAAGGAGAGGAAUGUGAGAUAUGAAAAACAGUAAAGAAGAAUGGCAAAAAGAUAAGAAAAGAGUGAAUACCUUGCGACAGAUAGGAGAGAGGGGAUGUGAAAUUAUAGAAAAGUAAGUAGACAAAGAAAGGGAAAAAAACGACAAAGGAUGGGAAGAGAUAAGCAAAGAAGAAAAAAAGGGACUGAGCAUAGAGGGGACGGAUAGGAGGGCACAGAAAGGACCCUAGGAAGGAAGGAGGCAAGGGAGGAAGGAAGGGAGCGAGCGAAUUCAUUUUCACGCCGUCGCUUCUGUCCCGUCCAGGUUCGCUUUGCGGUGCGAGGGUCGUCAGUAAACUCGCGCAGGCUGCCGUCAAACCUCACUACAGCACAACAUUCUUCAACGCGGAGAGGUUUAACCUUACCCGCGGUCCGCCCUGCGCCCGAGACGAGGCACUCCUCCAAGCACACGACAGACAAACACCCAGCGGGGCAACGCUGGCACAGAGUCCAACGGCAGGCACCCGAAGGGAGGCGAAAAACGCGAGCGGCACCCACAGCACAUAACAAGCGAGGACCAUGGAGAGCGCCGGCAAUGGCUCAGACGCGAACCACCGGGGCCAGGUCCCCUUGUUUUACAACAACGGCAGCUUCUGCCGAAACUUCACCGACAACACGAGCUCCGCGGAGGCGCGAUGCGGCGCUGACCACGGGCUGACCGACAGCCUGGAGGACGAUGCCAACCCGGUCAUCAUAGCGAUUGUCAUCACCGCUCUCUACUCCAUGGUGUGCGUGGUGGGGCUGGUUGGAAACGUGUUAGUCAUGUACAUCAUCGUCAGGUACACCAAAAUGAAAACAGCCACCAACAUCUACAUCUUCAACCUCGCUCUGGCCGACGCCUUGGUCACCAGCACGCUACCAUUCCAGAGUGUCAACUACUUGAUGGGGACCUGGCCGUUUGGGGACAUGCUGUGUAAGAUGGUGAUGUCCAUCGACUACUACAACAUGUUCACCUCUAUCUUCACGCUCACCACCAUGAGCAUUGACCGCUACGUUGCUGUGUGCCACCCCGUCAAAGCGCUGGACUUGAGGACGCCUCGUAACGCCAAGAUCGUCAAUGUCUGCAACUGGAUUCUCUCCUCGGCCAUUGGGCUGCCUGUCAUGUUCAUGGCCUCUACCACCAUCACCUCCUCCGGCAUUGUCGACUGCAAGCUGAUAUUCCCCCACCCCUCCUGGUACUGGGACACCCUGCUGAAGAUCUGCGUGUUCAUCUUCGCCUUCAUCAUGCCCGUCCUCAUCAUCACUGUCUGCUACGGCCUCAUGAUCCUGCGGCUCAAGAGCGUGCGCAUGCUGUCGGGCUCCCAGGAGAAGGACAGGAACCUGCGUCGCAUCACCCGCAUGGUCCUGGUGGUGGUCGCUGUCUUCAUCAUCUGUUGGACCCCAAUCCAUAUCUUUGUCAUUAUCACAGCUCUGAUUAACAUCCCUAGCUCCACCCUGCAAACGAUCACCUGGCAUUUCUGCAUCGCCCUGGGCUACACCAACAGUAGCCUGAAUCCGGUUCUUUACGGCUACCUGGAUGAGAACUUCAAGCGCUGUUUCCGUGAAUUUUGCACCCCGAGUCCCUCGGUGUUGGAGAUCCAGAACUCGUCGCGGACCGGUGCCACCACCCGCAAGGUCCCGCAGCGUGAAUCCAACAGUGCAAACACAGGAGAAAGGUCUAAUCAACAGGUAGUAUGACUAGCCUUGGAGGGAUCGUCGGUGGACUCUCACUGUGGCGGCAUUGCCAGCGACGAUCUCAACUCGGAGGUCACGCAGGUCACCACAGGACUCUGACUAAACACACAAAGCACACGUAAACACAUCAAAUCUAACAGCACAGACCCGCCUGAGAAGGCUCUGUCGAGUUGUACCAGCGCAAUUCACUCAAGGCUGUUUUUACUCUUACUUACAUGGAAACCAAAAUGAAACAAGUUAAACAAAAAAUCAAGCAUCCUCUAUAACUACAGUGUCCUAAACUAAAAAAUUAGACUUCAAUUAGGCUGAUUAUUGUCACAAGUUUAGAAAAAACAGUCUGGAUUUGUAUAGUGAACACAGAAAUAUGUAUAGACAGAUCUAUAUAUUCCAUUUUCUGACAGCUUUGUGCAGAGCUGCCUCACUCAUCUUAAUCCUCAUCUUACCACUUGUUUUUUGUGUUAUAAAAACAGAUAAGUUGAUUGUGAUUGUUUGAGUCUAUAUGACUUCACGUCAAUCUGCUACUUUUCCUCCAGAUGAAUGUUGAAUUAUACACUUGUUAUUGGAAGCAAGUGGGUUCCUGCGUGGCGUAGAAUCUGAACCAGGUUUUAUUACUGGAUUCUCAAAGGUUUCUCGGCCGUCUUUCAACAGAAACGUGUAGACUUCAUUCAUUUACAGCACCGACUGUGUCUCUGCUUCUCAUCCUGCUCCCCUGUGAAUGCCGCAGGUGUUGCCCACCUGUCAAUCCUCACAACUUAUUAUCACCGUUCCCUAUUCUAUACAGCACCAUGCUGCCCUUGGGCACUACAGCAUUACGGACUGUGUUGCAGUGCAGAUGUACUCUUUUCAGCGCUGAUUCUUUCCUUUUCCUUGUAAAGACAUGUAGUAUACCGUCUCUCUCUGCAAAAUCAAACUAAACAUCUGAAUGUGUUCAGCACGGUGAAUCUUGCAAAAGGGUGAAUGCUCUAUAACCAGCAAAGACAAUGCGCACAGUGUUCUGCUGCUGCUGCUGCUGCUGCCUACAUACAGCCUAACAACAGCUCAAAAGCCAUUAAGAUAAGAUAAGAUAGUGUUCGGACUAAAAUGGAGUCAUCUUUCUUCUGAAAAAGUUUUUAAGUGUGCUAAACAGGAUUGUACAUCAGCUCCAACAUUGCCUGUGCUUGUGUAACGUGCUGUAUGCUACACCUUUCCCUGUAGCUCUUCACGACAUUCCACCCACCAGUGUUUUUUUUUCUAAGGAUCUGUAAAGAUGAAUGAUUGUAUUGAUCUGCCAUGUAAAAUAUUGUAGAGAUAUUUGGUGUUUUCUUUUUUAUAAUUGUGAAAUCAUGAAAAUAAUGAAUAAACAUACAGUCAGUCAUCGGGGAUUUGCCUCGAGAACUGAAGAUGUGUGUAUCAGGAAAACAAUAAUGUAAAAAUCCUUGAAAUUAAAAAUGUACACAGCAUGCAUAAUUCAUUAUGUCUCAUGACUGACAACUUAACGUUUUUAAAUGUAUAACACCACUACAAGAGCUUUGUAGAGCAUUAGGGGUUAAUAAUUAGUCUUUGAACAGUGUGUUUCCUCCCAUGUGUUCCAUGGAUGACGCCUGAGUGGGAUUCUGUUCCAAGGAGAUGUGAUGCUUUAGUCUCAUCUGUGUCUGUGUCUAUGAACAUGAGUAAGAUUUACAGAUUCUCAUUUAAAAAAACAAAUCAGCAGGAAAUAAAAGGUCACCCCAGCUUCUGGGCUGACAACAUUAGCAUAAUUUCCAAGCUGCAUUUAAGAUCUGCCAGACCCAGCUGUGGUUUCAGCCCACAAAACUAAGCUAAACUAUGAGAAGCUUGCUGCACCUCUGUAACACUGAGAAAAUAUGAAUUCAAUAAAGCUUUAACAUUUUGAGUUGUACAACUUCCACAUUUAGCAUUGCAGACUGCUUAAUAUGUGUAGUUAGAGAGAGCUUCACAGAAAACAGUACCUAAGGCGAGGAGGGACUCAGAGAGCAUCAUUUCGCUAAUAAUAUGCCACUGAAGUUUAUUUAUGAUGUAAACGAUCUGUACAUUAACUCUGAUUAAUGUCACUCUUUUGCAUUAAUUGCUUGUUUACAUUGCGUGUGCUUAGACCACGUGCUGUAGUCUUGAAGUGGCUUUUAUUGUAAUCUAUUGUACAGACUCAUUUGUGUCUGACGCGCUGUAACACAAUUGAUGUAAUUUUACAGUUAAUCAGUGCACUGUCUUUGGAAUAUGAUGUAAUUCUGAAUCUCACUGAAUGUCUUUUCUCUUGCAUCUCAAUAAAGUGUCUGCAUUGUG